UUUUUUUUUUCUUUCUUUUCGCAUCAAUUACUUGUUCAUUUUCACAAAAAGGCUCGUUGGUGGAAUCGACGCUUGAACUAACACACACACACAAACACACAUCCUGAAAACAAGGCCGAUUUCUGAUACACUCGACGCUCCAUACGAUGAGCGACGGUCCAGACUCGCCAGUAACACCAUCUCCGUUGUCCACGGACGAGGAGCCCAACAACCCGCUCAAAGGAAUUUCACCCAUCACUGGCUCCAACAAACCAACAUAUGCUGGGCGCGGUGGAAUGGCCGGGCGCGGGAGAGGCGCGCGCAUGCUCGCUUCGUUGGGACGCUCGGAAACCAUCUCAACGUCUGCGCCACACCGCGCAGAAGACACAAUGUACUCCAUGUUUUCGGAACGCACCCAGGGCCAAAUAGAGUUGGACGGUGAAACGUUUGCGGUGCUGACAGGGCAAGCGGCACCUCCCCAUCCUCGCGUUCGCGCAUCCGUGGCAGACAUCUCAAUGUCCGGUGCGGCCUCCAGCGCUGCAAAGCAGCAAACACAGAUGCCUUCGCGUGUUCCGCGACCGACAUUGGCCGACACGUCCGGUCCUUUUGGAUCCGCCGGCGACAUUUCCACGGCCUUUGCGGUGACUCCGGCCACACCCACACCGGACGUGCCCCACGAGCCCCCUCGCUCUUUCAUCCCCGGCGAACGGGUUGUUCCUAAUGACGACUUUCCGCCACCGUUGAUCCAGCGUGGCUCGGCCGUCACCUCUGUCGUUCCAACGAGCAACGACGAGCCGGCCGACCGACCCGCAACCACGGACGAUCUGCUUGCUGGGCGCUCCUCCAGUCCGAAUCGGUUUGGUCGGUUCCGCCAAUCAAUCAAGCGCCAAGAAACCGUUGCCACCGGAGCCCCCACCGUCGAAGAGCCCAACUUGUUGAGUGUACGACGGCCUUCGCGGUUGCGCGCCUUGUCCGCCUCCGACCGUCCCCCAAUUCGCAUUGGCUCGCCCGGCAACUCGGACGAGAGCAUUCCCGUCGAUGAUAUCAUGGCUGCUGACAGCGCUGCCAAAGCAGCAGCAGCAGCAGCAGCAGCAGCAGCAGCAGCAUCAGCCGCAGCCGAAACAGCCACCGCUGCGGGAGUUGCUGGCGGCGCGGCAGCGGUUUCUGCUCCCGCAUCCAAACCUACUUCCGACUUGCGCCCCCCACCACGACGCUCUCUCAUGACCCAAGUCACCAUUGAGACCACCUCGGUCGAGCGCCAGGAAACAGACGACGAUGUCGAGAUGCUCAAUCAAUACUCCCUGUACAACGAGCUUGGUCGUGGUGCGUAUGGCGUUGUGCGUCUCGCCAUCGACAACAAUACUGGUCAACGAUUUGCAAUCAAAAUUAUCAACCGCAAGCGCAUGAAGAAGAAGGCUGGGUUGCGCAUGCCGCCUCCAAAGAAACUGCCAGGCACUCCGCCACCAAAGCCCGCGGAGGACGAGUCCACGCCCUUGAUGAAUGUCAAGCGUGAAAUUGCCAUUUUGAAAAAGCUCAAUCACCCGAAUAUUGUUCAUUUGCACGAAGUGAUUGACGAUCAACGCGAGGAUAACUUGUACUUGGUCUUUGAAUUGGUCGAGGGUGGCGCAGUUAUGGAAAUUCAAGAAGUCAUGACUGCAGAUCCAUUCCCUGAAAAUGUAGCACGCCGGUACUUUUCGGAUUUGGUGUUUGGUAUCGAAUAUUUGCACUUGCAAAGUAUCAUUCAUCGUGACAUCAAGCCCGGCAAUUUGUUGCUGACGGAGGGCGGCACCAUCAAGAUUACUGAUUUCGGUGUUUCGCACAUGUGUGCCGACAACGAUCUCAUCCACAAGACGGCUGGUAGUCCUGCGUUCAUGGCGCCCGAGGCCAUUGAUGUUGGUACAAGCCUGUACAAUGGUCGUCCCGUCGAUGUGUGGGCGAUGGGCGUUACGCUGUACUGCUUCAUUUACGGUCGCUGCCCCUUCAUUUCCUCCAACAUAGUCGAGCUUCAUGAAAAGAUUCGUUCAGAUGAGCUCAAAUUCCCGCAAAAGAUCGAGGUCAACCCACAGGUCAAGGAUUUGAUAACAAAAAUGCUCAUUAAAGAUCCUGUUAAGCGCAUCAGUAUCGAAGAAAUUAAGCGCCAUCCGUGGGUGACGCGCAAUGGCAUGGAGGCAAUGCGCAUCAAUUCUAGCGAAAUUUUGAGCGUGACGGAUCUGGAAGUGCAGUCUGCCGUGCACACCAUCCUGUCGUUGAGCACAUUGAUCCUUCUCAAGGCUAUGGGCAAGCGCCGAUCUCUCAGUGCCCGCAAAAUCCGAAGCGAAGUCACAAUGCAGUCAAGCGACUUUGAGCCCAGCAAUCUCGGGUCUUUGAGUCCAAUGUCGCGCUCGGAAACGAGCAUGAUGCAUCCUCCACUGACCUCGCAGCUGUCGGAGCCGCUGCCGAAUACCCGUGCAACGUCGCUUGUGUCUCUUCCGUCCACGUCGGUGCCAUCCUCACCCCUCCCCUGAGCGAGCACUCACAAAGUUGUUUUGCUGGCUUUAGGGCUUUUUUGACAUUUUGAACGUUUUCUUGCCAAACCCUCGAUGAACUGUUCUGUUUGCCAUAUGUUGCGCAUCCUGUUCUGAGAUACUAUAUAUACAAUGUUUCUAUGCUG